AGUAUUAAACGAACUCUUUACGGGUAGCUAGUGCCGGACGGCUUGUUUGUUCUUCACCCACGAGGUAUUUGGCAAGUCUUUAAUCGAAAAGAUCGUCGGUAUCAUUCAAGUUUUUUUGGACGUACCUCAGCUUUGAGAACCUUAUGAUUGUUAUGACUCGGUUGGUAGUGAUUGUUUUGUUUGGAAUUUGUUUUUUUGAUGAAGUUUUCACUCCAGCUAGGGCAUCAUCCAACGCUAAUAAUGGAGAUAGAAAUGAAAGAGGAGAUACUGCAGGUAAAACUGUGAUUACUGAAGAGCCGGAGUUCACAGACGUUAUCGAGAAUAUCACAGUCGCUGCAGGCAGAAAUGUGAGAUUUGCGUGUUCUGUCAAAAAUUUAGGAACAUAUAAGGUGGCUUGGAUGCAUUUCGAACAAUCGGCCAUUUUGACAGUACAUAAUCACGUAAUAACUAGAAACCCCCGUAUAAGUGUCACUCAUGACAAACACCGAACAUGGUUUUUGCAUAUUAAUAACGUUCAGGAAGAAGAUAAAGGACGGUAUAUGUGUCAAAUAAAUACUGUCACAGCCAAAACACAAUUUGGAUUCCUUCAUGUAGUCGUGCCUCCAAACAUAGAUGACUCUUUAAGCAGCGGUGAUGCUAUAGUGAGGGAGGGCGCCAACGAGACGUUAACUUGUAAAGCUACCGGAUUUCCUACACCUAGCGUUAAAUGGAAGAGGGACGAUAAUUCCAAAAUUACCAUAAAUAAAACACUUCAAGUUAACGAAUGGGAAAGCGAGAAACUGGAACUAACGAAAAUAUCCAGAUUAGACAUGGGUGCUUAUUUAUGCAUAGCCAGUAAUGGUGUGCCUCCAACUGUUAGUAAAAGGAUAAAAGUCAGCGUAGACUUUCCGCCAAUGUUGUGGAUCCCACAUCAACUAGUGGGAGCUCCAUUAAACUAUGCCGUGACUCUGGAAUGUUUUACUGAAGCUAAUCCCACUUCUUUAAACUACUGGACUCGUGAAGAUGGCGAAAUGAUACACGAUUCCAGAAAAUAUCGUACAGAAAACACCGUUGGCAAUCCUUCGUAUAAAACGCACAUGAAACUUACUAUAAACGCCAUCCAACAAAGUGACUACGGGACCUAUAAAUGCGUUGCUCGAAAUCCCCGAGGAGAGACUGAGGGAGCUAUUAGACUGUACACUUCUUCGCCACCAACAUCUUCACCGAAACCCAAAACAACUGAACCUUCAAGCAAAUUGAAGGACUUGUGGAGCAAAGGAAAUCUGAACAAUUCUGUUUAUGGAAACCCCCCCUUCCAGUCUGUUCACCAUGUUGCUGAUAAAGGUUCAAAAUAUCAAUCAAAUUUAAAUGAAAUCGACAAAUCUGAACAGAAAUCAAGUGGUGAUUCGGACACUAAGGGACAUAUGUAUGAAAAUUCUCCAGAGAAUAUAGGAGAAUCCGUCAAGUGUUCUCUCCCAGUGCUGCUGUCUUUCAUCUUGUCAGUUUUGAUGUUAAUGGCAACACGGUGAAUGUGAUACUAUAACAUUUACUAAUUACUUCCAAAAUGUGAGUUUACUUAAUCGAUGAAUGCUUCUACCUGAACGAAUCCAUGUACAUUCGGUAGUUACCUAUUUAACAAAGACUGAAACUGGUUAGCUUUAUGAGUAACUGAGAAAUGUGGUAUAAAUUGAUGUUAAAUAAUAUAAUACAUAUUUAUUGUUUGUUUUCUUGUAUGGAGUACAGUGUUUUCUUUUAUU